UUCAGAUACUUAUUUUAAGUUAAAGUUUAAAGCUGCAUAAUUGUUGUUGGGUCAAAAUAUGGGAAGUCAACAACCAAUUGAAACCUUCUAUACAUAUCCUGACCAAAUCAUUGACCUACAACUCGAAAACGAUGGAAAAAUUGCAAAGUUAACAUGGAAAACACCAGAGGUUCCACCCACAUAUUAUGUAAUUGAAUGGUGGCAUAUUACAGAUGUUCUUAACAGACAUAAAAUUGAAACAACAUCUCCAAUUUAUACGUUUGCUAAUAUAAAUUCAACUAUUGAAGCCCGUGUAGCAGCGGUAAACGUAGAUAUCACAGGCGAAUAUUCAAAUACUGUGACUAUACAUGCAGGUCCGAAAUCACCAUGCAAUUUAAUAGUAAGAUAUUGUGCACAAGACAAAAAAACUCUCAUCAUUCAGUACAAGGAUUCCGACCCCACCCCAAAACUUUACAAAGUUUCUGUGAAAAGUGUGUUGUAUGCAAUAUGGAAAUCUACUGAAACUCCAGAUUGGUCUUCAAACAUUCCAGAUCUUAUACCAGGUCAUUCUUAUGAAAUCAUGGUCUCUGCAAUUGCAAAUAAAAUUGAAAGUAUACCAUGCCGGCAUCCACAUUUUGUUCAGAUAGCUCCGCCAGAGGUAAAAGAUUUAUGCUGCAAAAACCUCACGAGAUACAUUUUCCGGAUAAAUUGGGAACCAACAUACAGUGCGAUCUCAUACCAUGUCAAAUGGAAAAAAAUAAUUGAUGACGAUCACCAUUUUAGAGAAAAAGAAGAAAAUGAAAUAGUAUUGAAUAACUUGACCUUAGGAAUGACCUACAUUGUAAGCGUUGCCGCAAGGAACUCCGCAGGGUGUGGUCCUUACUCCACACUUGAAUUUUCAACAGGAAAAACGUCGAUACCUUCAAAUUUGAAAGUUGAUCACAAUGAUGAAAAUCCUGAAUCGUGCUUAGACGUGAUGUUUGAUGAACCAAAAAACAAAGCGAAUACAUACACCAUUGGAGCAACUGAUACAUGGAGCAAUGAGAAAUCGUAUCAGAUUGUGUCCACAGCUCGAUGUAAGAUAGAAAACUUGAAGCCUGGCACACAAUACAUUGUGUCAGUAUUCAGUGGUAAAGAUUUUAUUUCCGAGGACGAAAUAGUGGAAUCGGAUCCAAUUCUCACAUAUCCAGCCAAAGUAGUCAAUGUUAACUCCCACAUUGAGGUCAACAAUAAGUAUAAAAUAAAUUGGGAUAAAGUGACUGGCGCCGACAGCUACAUGAUUGAAGUUACUAGAUGCGGAUGUGAAAGGGACAAUUACUCAUCUUCUGAAUGCUCUAUAUUUGUUGACACAUCUCUAAGUUCAAAAUAUGAAGUUAGGGUCCGCACUAAAAACUCAGCUGGUGUUGGGAAAUAUUCUAUGGUGCAUUCAUUUAUGACAGUUCCAGAAAAACCUAAAAACUUAAGAUGUGUGAUGAAGGAAACAAAUGAGACUGAAAUAGUAUGUGACACUGUAAAGGGAGCUAAAGAAUACGUAUUCAAAAUAACCACCGAUCAUGAGAAAGAAGAAAAUAAAUUUGUUCAUGAACCACAUCUUAUAAUCAAGGGAUUGUUUGUCAAAUUCAAAAUAUCUGUAUGUGCAACAAAUGACGGCGGUGAAAGUGGAACCACCACAAUUACAUUUAGGCAAGUAUUGGGUUAUGUGAAAAAAACUCUUGAGAAAGCAGCCGACACUUUUCCAAUUGAUCGAUUCAUCCCAGUUGAAACAGCUGAGAAAUGUUCAGAAUCAGUUACAAAAGCAUCAACAAAAUUCAAUAUCUAUGACAUAACCCAGAAAAUCAAACACGGGCAAACGUUUCUGGUAUACGGUGUUCCAUUAUCAGGAAAGACAGCUGUCUGCAAAAGCGCACUCCAAACACUUGAUGAAGAUAUUUUGGGACUUUACAUAGACUUUAACGAAAUCAAGCAUAUUAUUGAGAAAAUGAAUUUAAAAGAUAUACUUCACAGCUUCAUGAAAGACCUCACAGAUGAUGAAAUGAAACUUCUGAUAGAUUGGAUAAAAUCAUACUCCGAGAAAAUAAUGAUAGUUAUUGACAAUUUUACUUUGUAUGUCAAUCCACAAGUAAGCAACAAGAAAUUUUGCGGGUAUGAAGACAAAAUAUCUCCUAAUGAAUUAUUCCAUUAUUUUUUGAUGGAUAAUCGGCAAAUUUUCCCACAUUCCAGAACAAUAGUUACAACCAUGCAAUCGGACUUACAUGCUAGAACAAAACCAUUCAAAUACCUCACCCUACUGGGAUUUGAUGAAGAGGGGAAAGAGAAAAAGAUUAAAACUGUUCUGAAAGAGAAUCCUGAUUCAAAAUUUUUGACUCCAACCAAAACAUUUUUAACCAACCCUGGAUUCUGCGAAAUAAUUCUACAACUAAUUAAAGAUAAUCAGAACAAAGAGUUUUGCUUUGAUAAAUUUUUAACAGGUUUUUUGUUCAAUGAAGUUAUGACAAAAUAUUUGAAUCGGCAUUUAAAAGACCAAGAUGAUAAACUAAAAAUGAUAAUGUCUGAUGCCGAACAGGAGAAACCAAAACAACUGCUCUACAAAGUGAAGCCAUUGACCAAAAAACAGAAAAAUAAAAAGCGAAAGGAAAAGAAGGAUGAGUCAACUAUAUACGAAGCUUCUGCAGAGCCAGAUGAAAAGAUAAAGAACUGCUUGGAACUCUAUCACAUGUGCUUAACAGCCAUUCACACGACCUUUUACUUGAAAGAUAAUGAAUUCGCGGCUUAUUUCAGUAAAAAUAAUGUAGACAUGACAAACAAUACUUUCAUAAUGCUACUAGUAGCAGGUCUACUUCGACUCUCUACAUCCAAACAUAUUAGUUCAGUUCUGAUCUCAAAAUUAACCCACAAUUCUAGUUCCAAUUUGACAAAAAGAAAGGCAGUUGUUGAGAAUUUCAUCACAGCUCAAGCUGGAAUUAUCAAAGAGUACGUAUACGAAAACAGCAAAAUCACCCUGGAUUGGAUUCUAUGCUGCAUCGAACUAGGUAACACCAAAUUGUUAUCUGACUGCUGUCCAGAUAUCAAAGUAAAAAAUGAAUUGUCGAAUCAUGAAAUUGAUCAGAUUAGCAGAUUUCUACAAAAUGUUCCACCUGGAGCAGAAAUCAACAUUGAUGUUAAAGAAGACUUAGUUGUUGGGUAUCGUCUGCAAAUUGAAACUGCAUCAUACAGCAAUGUAUAUGGACAGAUACUGGAUGUCAAAGCGUACAAAAAACAAGCGUUUUUGGAAACCGUAAACGUUCUAAAUCUGAAUCCCAAUCGCUCCUCUCCACAGCACUUAGCUCGAAACCAUUUCAACGACAAUAUUUGGAGAGUAUUGGAGGGCAGAGUGACAUCCGACAACAUAGUAGAAGUUCCACUGAAAGCAGUGACGAUACUGUGAAAGAAAUCAGUUUUACCAAUUCAGGGGAUGCAAAAUAUUUGGGGCAGAGUGAUGUGAAACAACGUAGUAGAAGUUAUACCGGAACCAGUUUGACCGUUUCAGUGGAU